UUGGGGCCCCCACCGCCCCUCUCCCUCAGGGUCGCUCGGGCUCCGCCCUUUAGCGGAAACGUCUCCCUCUUCACCCCGCCCCCUCGCAGACGGAGUGCUGCGCCCACAGCUGCCGGACAAAGAGCGACGUCCAGAGCUGGAGUCAUGGCGGCGAGUGAGCAGAGCUUGGCAGUAACCGAGAGCCUCGCGCCGCUGUCGGGAAAAGAGGAAGAGGCCGGCCUGAGCUCAGGCCUGGAGCGUAAUUCCACGGGCUCCUCCUCGACUCCUGAGACCCCAUCGCCUGCCCCCGAGUCGUCCAGCCUCAACGCCGCGGUCCCCGAAGCGAAUCCUACGUUUCCCGCGGCGGCGGCCGCCGCCCUGGAGCUGCCCCUCGGGCCCGCACCCCUGGCCUCCGCGCCGUUUGCCGAAGCCGCUCCGCGAUCCCCCCCAGGCCCUGGCGGCUCGCGGCCCGGCCCGGAGACGUUCCGCCAGCGAUUCCGGCAGUUCCGCUACCAGGACGCGGCAGGCCCUCGGGAGGCGUUCCGACAGCUGCGGGAGCUCUCCCGCCAGUGGCUGCGGCCCGACAUCCGUACGAAGGAGCAGAUCGUGGAGAUGCUGGUGCAGGAGCAGCUGCUCGCCAUCCUGCCUGAGGCAGCGCGGGCCCGGCGGCUUCGCCGCCGCACGGACGUGCGCAUCACCGGCUGAGCGGUAGAGCUGCGGGCGGCCCGGCCCGGGCGCUUUCUGGACUAGAGCCAUGAUCAGAUCCGAGGCCCUGAGCCUGGCUCCCCAUUACGCGUUAAUGAAAAAUGAGUUUUGGCAGUUCCUGCAGUCUCGUGUGUCCUUUUCGUUCGUGCUUUACUGUGCUUAUUUUCCCGAGCCUAUUUCCAACCUCCUUUCUGGCUGGUGGCGAAACCAGGUUGGGAGCCCAUGAGAAUAAAUCCUUUGUUUCUCAUUCA